AUGGAGGGAGAGAAGGAGAGAGAAAGAGAGCGGCGAGAAGAGAAAGAAAGCGAUGAAGCGGAGGACUUUGGUCAGGCUGUGGAAGGAGCAGCCACUGUCUGGCAGGAGGGGAUCAAUGACGAUGACUUAGGGCUGCCCAUCAUGCACUGGGAGGCUCUGAGUCUGCGUAUUGCUGAACUAGAGAAACAGGAAGAGGAGAAGAGGGAGAAAUACAAGUUUAUGGGUUUCCAGGAACAGGAGUGUGUAUCAGGGGGUUGGAGAGGGGAACGGGAGCGUGGGUGUUGGAGAGAUGCCUGGGACGAUGGAGAGGAAGAGUGUAACAGCAGAAUCAUUGCUCUGACCUCCAGGCUCCAGAAUCGGAUGAACCUUCAGCUUUGCUUUAUUAACAACAGUGAAAGUGAGGAAGAGGAUGAAGAUGAAGCCGUGCAACAGCCCCUCCAAGCCGGGCACCGACCCCCUGCCCCGGUGAGUGGAAGCAAGUCAGGUGGUUUGAAGCAAGAAGUGAGAGCUGCACUGAGCGCGCUCAGAGACAAGCUGCGAAUUGAGCAGAAGGAGAAGGAGAGCCCAACUUCCCUUAUCUCUCAGUGUGCUGAGUGCUGUGAAACCCCAAUCAAGAGGAAGAAGCUGGACCUCAGCGACUUGCAGAAUCUCAGCCUGCAGCAGUUGGAUGCACUGAGGAUUUCUCUGACCCAGAAUGUUCACGACCUUAGUUCAGAGCUGGUGGGUCGACUUUUAACCAGAGACCAACUGCGGACCGAGCAAGAUGCCAUGCUUCUAGAGGUGCAAGAUAUGACACUGUGAUGGAACCGUCCAAACUGGACAAGAAUGAUGAUGCCGCUCCAUGGCUACUGCUGCUGGGUCUGGCUGAUGACAGCAGCAUCACAAUGGCAGUAUUAAAGUGACUGAAAUGGACACUUUGUUUAUACUUUUGGUGAUGUUCAGUAUUCAGUACGAGAGCUUUGUUAAGCUGCAUUUAAUGGCCAAGACAGAAAAUGGAUGUGGUGCCAUAGUAUUGAUAAUAAUUACGGAAUGUGGAAUGAUCCCUAUAUCUUUAUAUCGGCUAUGUUUUCUUUGCUCCUUCUAUAUAAAAAAAAUAUGGUCUUGCGGGGCUUUCAGACUUCAUUGUGCCUCCUUUGUGGCCUCUUUCAGUAGCCUAUUUAUCAAGUUCAAGAUCUUUUAUAUGCAAUAAAAACAUAUUUUUAUAAUAGAA